ACGCCGAGUCGGUUAAUUUGGCCGAAUUAUGAACGGCGGACGGUCGUAGUGGUUAUAAUAUUAUCGCGUAUAGUCGAAUUAUUGCCGGAACGUCUCGCCCGAGAAAUUCCGCGUGGAACGUGCCCGGGCGAUGUCAUUAUAUAUAGGUACACGCGGUGUCAUCGUCCACCACGCCGUGUACGGUGUAACGAUAAAAAAAUAUGAUAUUAAACCGCAUGAAAUAUACGAGUAUUAUUUUGAGAACCACUGAUCGUAUGGAGAGAAAAAAAACUACCCUCCGCCACCAUCAUCCCCGUCAGUCGUUCGCAACCCGACACACGCCACCCCGAGAUCCGCGUCGCGUAACCUCACGACCCUCGCAACCCGACACACGAUCUUAUAUUGUGUACCUAUCGCAUAUUUUUGAGGUAUUCACGAGUAUUAAACGCGGUAGGUACCUGCACUCUGCAGCGGUAUCAUCACGGUUAUAUUGUUGCCCAGAUCCUAUUGUCGUGUUAUGACUUAUGAAAUAUAAUUAUUUGGUACGUCCAAUUUGUGAAUAUGGCUCAAUCAUAAUACUAUAAUAUUAUGGUCUCUAUACCGAUCGAGUCUUAGAUGUGCACUAGAAAAAACAUUCAGCAAAAAUUCUUUCCCCUCGCUUAAACGACCUAGGGACCGGAAUUCUUCGUGCUCUCCGCUUGUAUCUGUCCUGAACUUCAAAACUUCAGUGCAGGUUCCCUUGCAUGUCGCUUGCGAUCAAAAUCUUUCUGUAUACACUUUUCGUCGGAAUAUUUACUGUUCCGAUUUCUUAAAUCGUUUUUCCAUGCAAUAUAAUGAUAAAACCAUAAGUUAAUUCAAAAUUGAAAUUCGUUCAUCUCAGCUGCAAAUUUUCACUCUUAAAAAAGGUAGUGUAAUUUCGUACUCGGUAAUGUUAUUCAUGAUUUGUUAUCAUAAUACUAUAUUAAUGUUUACGAACAUUUGUUGUGAUUGUCUAAUUUAUUAAAUUAUUUGAUCAUAAUAAUAUAAGUAAGUAAAUAAAUAAUCAAACAUCUAUAUUAUAAUAUAUUCGCGGGUUCACUUAUGCGAUGCAGUGCGUUCGCGUGGUUUUUGUGUAUUAUAUACGCACUGCAAGAUAUGUCGUUGUUGUUGUUGUUGUUGUUGUUGUUGCUGUACAAAAUCCGUCGUCGCUGGUAAAAAGGAUGAAAAAACGUAAUAAAAUAGAGAAAAAAAAAGAAAAAAAGAGAAAAAAAAAUACCUGAAUAUUCUCUCAUUUAGCCCCGAGGAGUCUCGCGCACCACCACUUUAUAUAAUAUAACGUUAUUAUAACACACGCGACCCACACGCACACGCGCCCGGGUAUACCUACACGUGUAUAUAAAACGGACCGUCUAAUUUUACUGCCGUCGAACCACACAACCUAUAUUAUACGGGGUGAUCCAUUUAGCACAAGGCACUCAUUAUUUCAGAAAACACUAACGUUUUUGAUAAUAUUUCGUUUAAAUAAAUUUAAGUCGUUAAAAAAUAAAUUUUUUUGGAAAAGUUGGAUUUUCGUCGUCUUUAAGUUUUUUGGUACUUAUUUGAACGAUAACAAUAUAGCAUACAUUGUUCAUUUUAUUUCAUACUUCGAAAAAGAAAACUAUAUUAUGGAGUAGGUAUAGUUUGAUCUAUAAAAAUCACAUUUUGGACAAACUGUUUAUCGGUUACAAUUUAUAGGUGUUUAAAGUUUAGAUGAACGGAGUAGUGGACCAACUGUAUUUUACGGAGUACCCCCCUCCCGGAACUACUCCGCUCCGCUCAUCUGAACUUUAAAUACUUAUAACUCGUAGAUUACUCGUCGAAAAUUCGAUUCUUAUGUAUGGAAGAGCAUCAAAAAAUAUCCUGCUCUGGAACAAGGAAUCGAAAAUGCACGUUACCAAAAGUAAAAAUACACAGAAAAUAGUAAUAAUAUCUAUAUUUUUUGUUUUCAAUGUUGUUUUUUCAAAAAUAUGAUGUAAAACAAAAUAAUAUAUUUUCAAAAAACAUUAACAGUGUCUUACGGCGUCAAAUGGAUCACCCGGUAUAACAACACACACACACACUCACCACAUAGGUAGUCGUAAGGAAAAAGGAUACGACGAUCGCAGGCCGAGUCGCCGCCGGUGUUCCCCCCACCCCUCUACCGACACCACUCCGACGGCGAACCGUGUGCGGCUCGAGACCUGCCGACGAUGAGGCGGGCGGCGCGGCGGUGGCUGCGAGGCGACCGUCGUCGUCGUCGGCCGCGACGGCGACCGUGCUCGGUGGCGGCGAGGCGGACCAGUGUCCGAGACCGACCGGUAGCCUGCAGAGCACUGCAACGGGUUGUCUCGCCGUCGAUUCGUCUUCGCCGUUUUUCUGGCGCGUGUAUAGUGCGCGCGCGCGCACGUCCGUCGUACCUUGUGCACCAGCCUGUCCAUCGCGACCGUCGCCCGUGAAAUAUUUUCCGUUCAUUUCCCGAUCCGCCGCGUCGACCGCGGGUGCAUUUUCGGCGCCGCCGGUGGUUCCGUUUUUCGGAAUGGGCGUCUCGGUUUACCGCGAAGUGACGAUGACCACCACCACCACCGCGGCCGCCGCGACGGUCGCGUCGUCUUCGUCGUCCGUUACCGCCGCCGCCGGGUCCGCCAACAAGACGCCGUCGUCGAACGUGUUGAUGUGUCGCCAAUGGUGGAAAGUGUGUUGGAUGUACGGAGAUCAAGAAAAGUAUUACCGACAGCUGUACGGAGCGACGAAAAAGCAUUCCUCUUCGGCUUCGGCCUUUGGCAUCAACGGCGGUAGCGGCGGCGGCGGCGGCAGGGCCACGGUCAUGGAACUCCAGCAAAUGUCCACCGUGUCUUUCGUGCCACCACCGCCCCGGCCCAUCGAUAGACAAGUGUGCCGGAACUGCAACUGUCCGCGGGACGACCACAGCAGCGGCGGCAGCACCAGUGGCAUCCUUGUGUUGUGUGCUGUUUUUUGUUGCUGUUGUUCUUGUUUGUGCUUUUUUCUCACUGUUUUCUCCGUUGUGAUAAUGUCGUCGUCGGCGAUGACCGGCGUCAAGCGGGGCACCCCGCCACCGUUGCCGCCGUUGCCCACGGGCCCUCCUGGUUACGAUCAAGCGAUCGGCGGUUACGAGAAGCUGCUGGCCGCCACGGUGGCCGUGGGCGCGACGGCCACGUCCACGGCGUCCGUGGCCACGGCCGCCGGGCGCAAAGACCCGUCGGCGGUCGCCGCGCUCCACCUGCAACACCACCAUCACCACCAUCCGCACCACCAUCAUGCCGUGGGUACGGCCACGGCGGGCGGAGGCGACCCGCAACAGCGGCACUCGCACUCCGACGACGAUUCCGGGUGCGCGCUGGAGGAGUACACGUGGGUGCCCGCCGGACUUAGACCAGAUCAGGUGCACUUGUUCUUCUCGGGCGUGCCCGAAGACAAAGUGCCGUACCUGAACUCGGCGGGCGAGCGGUACCGGGUAAGGCAGCUCCUGCAACAGUUGCCCCCACACGACAACGAGGUGCGGUACUGUCGGGGGCUGUCGGACGAAGAACGCAAAGAGCUGAGGCUGUUCAGCGCGCAGAGGAAACGCGACGCCCUGGGACGCGGCGUGGCUAAGCAGCUGGUCGCUGACGUACCUUGUGCGAACUGUCAAGAGACCCUGCAACCCGGUGACAUGGCGGUGACGGCGAGCAGAGUCGGGUCGGGCGCGGCGUGGCAUCCGGCGUGCUUCACGUGCCGCGUGUGCAAAGAAAUACUUGUCGACCUCAUAUACUUCUACAAAGACGACCACGUGUACUGCGGUCGACAUCACGCGGAAACUCUCAAGCCCAGGUGUUCGGCUUGUGAUGAGAUAAUCUUGGCUGAUGAGUGUACGGAAGCAGAAGGUCGUGCUUGGCACAUGAAACACUUUGCGUGCUUGGAGUGCGACAAGCAGCUCGGGGGCCAGAGGUACAUCAUGAGAGACGGUCGGCCUUACUGUCUGCAGUGUUUCGACGGCCUGUUUGCCGAGUACUGCGACUCUUGCGGCGACCCCAUAAGCGUGGACCACGGACAAAUGAGUCACGAAGGACAACACUGGCACGCCACUGAACAGUGUUUCUGCUGUCACACGUGCAGAUCGUCGCUGCUCGGCAGACCUUUCUUGCCACGUCGCGGGGCCAUCUUCUGUUCGAUCGCCUGCAGCAAAGGCGAACCUCCGACGACGACGACGACGACGACGACAUCGCAAAGGCCCGAAUCGGAAAUGGCCGAAGCCGCCGCCGCCGCCGCACAAACGACGCAGACGACGCCCGCGCAAACGCUGCAGCUGCAACCGGUUGCCGCCGCGCCCGAUUCGCCGGCCGGCGGCGGAAGACGGACCGCAACGACCAACGGAUUCGCGUCACCUUCGCCAUCACAACAAUCAGCGUGCCGGUCACCGUUAAUGGGUCGCAGAGCGUUGCAGAACGCUAACAACAGCGGCGCGUCGUCACCGUCGCCGACACGCCACAUGCAGCAGCGGGCCGCGGGUGACGGCGUGUUGUCGCCGCACGUCGACCGACCAAACGCUGUGGCCGCCCGGCCGUCCGACUUGGACGUGCGACAGCGGCGCCGGCGCAACGACAUCGCCGUGGUAGAGUCCAGGCGCGUGGUCACCGUGUUGGACAGGGACGACGGUGGUAACGGUGACAUGGCCAGUGACGACGACGGCAGCAGACCACGAGGUCACGGGUUCGCGGCCGCGUCGUCGGCUGUCGUCGCUGUUGACCGGACGGACGGCGGCCGGUUGGACGAAACGCUUUACGAGCUGCAACGACUGUUGAGCAACGGCAAACUGCCGCAAAGGUUCCUGGAGAAGCUCAUCUCUGACGACGAGAUCACCGACCGGCUGCUGAACGAGUUUGAAAAACUCACCACCGCGGCUGCCGCCACUGCCACGGCCACUGCCGUAGAACCGUCCCCGCCGUCCUCAUCGUCUUCGAGCCGCCGUCCGGUGGUUGACCGUAGACUGGCCGGCGCUGUAGCACAACCAGCUGCUAUCGUUGCGGCCGCAAAUACACCAUCGCAGCCGCGUCGCGCUUCGUCGUCGUCGUCCACGCCCGAAACAGUGGCCACAGCUUCAGGUGGACGAAGGUCCGUUCGCUUUGAUGGCACCGCUUUGUCGUCGACCGACCCACCGGCUUCCGGACGCACCAGACGUCGGCGCCGGGAAGGCCGGAACAACCGGAGUCGGAGUCGGAGCCGGAACAGCAGGCCAGUUCCGCCGCCGCCUCCGCCACCCGGUAACGAAGAUGGUGACGAUUCCUCGGCCGAACACGGUUGCUGUUCCACGUGCUCGUCCAGUUCGGGCAGCGAGCUCGACGACCUUUCGGUGUACCGGUUACCGGCUCGCAGGCCUUACGGCCCGGGAGCCGGAGCCGCGGCCAGGAUCUCGUACGUGCCCAACGACGCCAUAGCGUACGCCAAACAGCAGGCCACCGCCCACCGGUCGCCCGGUAGGAGGACCACGGCCGGUGGCCAGUCUCAACAGCACGUGCAGCAGCAACAGCAACAGCAGUCGGUGGACGACAAGAACUGCGUCAUACAGUAGUGAAAUAUAUAUGCAUACAACAGGCACCUUGGUCAAAACCUUACAAAAACGAUAAUUCGACUGUUGCACAGGCAAAAGGGGGCGGGGGCUACGCUUAGGGUCUAAGCGCCAUGACAUUUGCCGACUUGCCGUGGUACCUAUUAAAAUUGUAGUUAACUAUCUUUCAAGCAUAUUAUUAUACGAGAGAUCCAAAAGUCGAUUUAAUAAUUAUAUAAUAAUAUGACACCGUUGGUCAUUCUCCGGUCAAUAUGCUGUACAGUUGUGGUGCCGAUCCAAAAUUUUUGAUGUCACUAUACCCUAACCUAAAUACUAUACUCGUAUACAACGUUUGUAUUUCUCUUACUGUACAUCUAUAUAUAUAUAUAUAUAUAAUGAAGUGUACACAUCGGCGUAACCCGGGGUAAACUUAGGGGAUGAGGAAAUGUGGAAAAUUAAAAAUCUUUCAGAAAAAAUAUAAACUAUUGCCGGCUCAGUAAAAUAUCUGGGUGGCAGUCUCUUCCCCCCUGCCCUAGAUCAUGUGUGUACCAUUAUAAUAUAAUAUAGGUAAAACGCGUGUGUCUUCCACGAUAGUGUCGUGUAUAUAAUAUAAUAAUAUAUAUAUAUAUGUUAUGAGUAUAUUUUAAUCGUAUACCUUACAUAAUAUGUAUAUACAAAAAGACAUAUAUUAUGCGAUAUAGACAAAAGUUUGUUAUAUAUAUUAUUAUGUUUAAACUUUAAUUGACGUGUUAUGUACUCCACUCGUGUAUAAUAUAUUAUUAUAAUAAUAAUUUUAAGUAUACUUGCCUAAUUGUUUGUUCGUACAGAUUAAUUGUGAAUAAUAAAUAGUAAAUUAUUUAUGUUUGAAAAACCAAUAAAUGAAUGUGUUUUUUUAA